GAUCUCGGGUUCUAAUUGUCUCUUUCCUUCGGAAAUAAACCAGAUUUCUUUGUUUCUGUGGAAGGAAGAAAGAAAAAGAUGGAGGAGAAGAAGAAGCAAAAAUCAGAGAUUUCGUCAACGGAAGCUGUUCUUCUCGGAGCUCUAGCUCCAGGCGUCAAUGCUCCAACAUGGAACACUCUGAGAUUCGCGUUUCUUCUGCUGGGUCUCUGUCUCACUUUCAUGCUCUCCAUAGCUUUCACCAGUGGCCAAUCCAUGUUACUUGUUCACGUUGGCUUCCUCAUUCUAAUCGCAUCUUCUCUCUUUGUCCUCCUCAAUUGGUUUCUUGCUCAGACAGGGUUAGUACCAGUUGAGACACAGAUGCAGGAGUUGAACUUGGCACCUACCACUGAUAAAAGCAAUUGAUCAAGGACGACGCUAUGUUUUUUAGUUGCUCAGGCCUAGUAGACACAAAGUAUCAGUUCCAAUACCAAGGAUUUGAUUUGGUGCAACCAGAAAAAUCCUGUUUCUGUUAAUAGUAUACAAUCAGCUUUUGCUUUCCUCAAACUCUUUUCUUAGUUCCCCUCUUCUUGUUUCAUUUUCUUUCUUUGGCUUGAUGGAGGAUGCAGAAGAAGCACAAACAGCAAGGGUUUGGUUUGAUCAA